UAACAUAACACAAAUAUGGCGCCUGCUUCUCCAGUCAGCAACAGAUAAGAUUACCGUGAACAAGUGAAAAAGAAAGUUUCCAUCUAUCUCUAAAACGUGCAAUCUGAUGGUUCCAGUGGCGUGCUUCUGAACUGCAAACAGGGUGGGAUCUAGGUGAAAAGUGCACAUUGCCUUCAUGCCAGCAUUCUUAGCGGUGUAAAUAAUAAUAAUAACAAAUCAGCUGGUUCGUCCAGCCAUGAUUGAAGACAAAGGCCACCGAGUGACAGACUACUUUGUAGUCGCAGGGCUAACUGACACGUCCACACCUCUAGACCAGGAGAUCAGCCUCUCGGAUACCAAGUCUAGUGGCCCCAAGGCCCCCAUAACAGACAUCUCAGUCAUCAACAAAUCGGCAGGAGAAACAGUGCCUGAGGGCUUCACCUGCAUCGAAACCACAUACACGGGACAGCCGGCUAACCUGAACCAUGGCAGCCUCAAGAGCCCAGAGUUAUUUCUGUGUUACAAGAGGGGAAGGAAUAAAGCACCACUGGAUGAUAUUGGGGUUUUGUAUGAGGGGAAGGAGAGGCUAAUCCAAGGCUGCGAGGUGAUCCAGGCCACACCCUACGGACGCUGUGCCAAUGUCAACAACAGCUCAGUCAACUCCCAGCGCAUCUUUAUCACCUUUCGGAGGGCACCUUUAAUAAGGCCUCAGAACUCGCUGGCAGUCACUGAUAUCUGCAUUAUUGUUACCAGCAAGGGAGAGACCCCACCACACACUUUCUGCAAAAUUGAUAAGAACUUAAACUGUGGGAUGUGGGGCUCCAAUGUAUAUAUUUGCUACAAGAAGUCAGUCUCUACUUCCAAUUCAAUAGCAUACAAGGCUGGUUUGAUCUUCAGGUAUCCAGAAGAAGACUAUGAAUCAUUCCCCCUAUCAGAAUCAGUCCCCCUAUUCUGCCUUCCUAUGGGAGCUACCAUAGAGUGCUGGGCUCCUAACACUAGAUAUCCACUGCCAGUCUUCUCAACAUUCGUCUUAACAGUAUCUUCUGGGGAAAAGGUGUACGGUGCUGCUAUUCAGUUUUAUGAGCCUUACUCCACGGAGAUGCUGAUGGAGAAGCAGAAACUGCAGCUGGGCCUCAUCACUGCAGUGGAGAAGAAGAUAAUCCCCAACAAGCGUGUCAACACCAACAAGUGCAUCUGUCUGCUCUCGCACUGGCCCUUCUUCGAGUCCUUCCGCAAGUUCCUCAUGUUCCUCUACAAGCUGUCUGUCUCUGGACCGCACCCUCUUCCCAUUGAAAAGCACAUCUCCCACUUUAUGCACAGCGUUCCUUUCCCGUCACCACAGAGACCAAGAAUCCUAGUUCAGCUCUCUGCCCAUGAUGCCUUGAUACUUUCGCAGCCUGUUUGCACGCCUUUACCACUAAGUGGAGCAAAUUUUAGCACUUUGCUAAUGAACCUUGGUCCAGAAAACUGUGCCACUUUACUCCUGUUUGUCCUGCUGGAGAGUAAAAUUCUGCUGCACUCACUGAGGCCUGCUGUACUGACUGGAGUAGCAGAAGCUGUGGUAGCAAUGAUCUUCCCUUUCCAAUGGCAAUGUCCCUAUAUCCCUCUCUGUCCCCUGGCUCUCUCUGGGGUCCUCAGUGCACCUUGUCCGUUUGUUAUUGGAGUGGACUCCAGAUAUUUUGACCUCUAUGAUCCACCUCCAGAUGUGGUCUGUGUGGAUCUGGACACAAACACAAUCUACUUAUCAGAUGACAAGAGGCAUUAUACCUGGAAACAUCUUCCAAAGAAACCCAGCAAAAGCCUCUUUAACUCCCUGACCAACCUGCAUCACCAGCUGGCAACAGUGCACAGAACAGCGCAGGAAGGCGCUGCAGUGGAGAUGACUCCUAUCGAGGCAGACUUCUCCUGGCACAAAAAGAUGACUGGGCUGGAAAUGGAGACCCAGGAGGCUUUCCUCCGCUUCAUGGCCUCCAUACUAAAGGGAUACAGAACAUAUCUUAAACCCAUUACACAGGCACCAUCGGAGAAGGCCACGGCGGCCGAUUCACUCUAUGAUCUCCAAGGGUUCCUGAAAAGCAGAGAUCGUGCACAUCAGAAAUUCUAUUCGCAGCUGACGAAAACUCAGAUCUUCAUCCGCUUCAUCGAAGAAUGCACUUUUGUGAGCGAUAAGGACACAGGCUUGGCAUUUUUUGAUGACUGCAUUGAAAAAAUUUUUCCUUCUGAAAAAGGCACAGACAAAGGAGCAAAGGUUGAUUUUGACACCUCUGAGGAUACUAGGCUGAUCGAGCUGGAUGAGUCACAGAAAAGUGAGCACACAGUGUUUGUGAUGCCUCCUGAACCCCCAGCAACAGACGGACCUGACCCGCCGGGCAAGUACAGCUAUAAAAACUUCCCCCAGUUGGAUCCAGAGCUUUUUGACAGACCAGUGGAGCUUAAACCUUCUAGUAUCAGCAGACGGGUGGCAGGUGCCAGUUUAUGCAACAGCUCGGUACUGCUGGCGAAACGAACCAAGCAGGAGAUCAAAUCUGCCCACAAGAUGGCCAAGAGGUUUUAUUCCAACCCACCUCUCUGGGCCAAAUGCUUGUUCAGCCACUGCUAUAGCUUGUGGUUCAUCUGCCUGCCAGCCCAUGUGAGAAUAUCCCAUUCCAAGGUCAGGGCCAUGCAGCAAGCAUACAACGUACUCAUCAAAAUGAGAAACACAGAGGUGGAGGUCCUGGAUGAGGUCUGCUACAGGGUGGUGAUGCAGCUGUGUGGAAUCUGGGGGCUUCCAGUGCUGGCAGUGAGAGUUCUGUUUGAGAUGAAAAACGCUGGUGUUCAUCCCAACGCCAUCACAUACGGUUAUUACAACAAGGCUGUGUUCGAGAGCCCGUGGCCAAGCAGGAACAGAAGUGGUUACUUUAUGUGGACGAAGGUACGAAACGUGUUGCGUGGAGUGGCACAGUUCAAACAAGCACUUGGAAAGACACCAUCUUCAAAAAGCCCAGCCUUGGUAACCACAGCCCCGGUUGGCACUGCAGGUGGGAGCGAUGGUGACACAGUGAGCCACGGCAGUGUGGACAGCUCGAACGACACAAACAGCGGAGAACACACUCUCUUUGUGAGGAACCUAAUCAUCCUCGACUCCACUGACAAACACUGCAGCACAGGGCUGCUGUUCACUUCCCCAGGUGCCAUUGAGGAUUCAGUUGUUGUAGAAGAGGGUGCACCAAAGAUCCCCCGCAGCCCCAGCAAUGUAGGGCAAGCAGCAGCAGCAGCAGCACGGCAGAAAGCUUUUGCAGAGCGGAGCUGUAGCUUCAGCGCAGACAGCCGGGCAGGCAUGCUGCUGAAGAAGGGGAGCCUGGACAUGACCUCUGACCAGAUAGCCAUCAAGAUGGGUGCCGAUGCCAAAAUCCUGGCCGCAGCCCUGUCCAGCACCAAAACCCCGCCAUCUGCAGAUACUGGCACCAAAGCCAAAAGAGAGCUGUCCUUCGAAGGAAUAGAAGGGGAGCAGGAGAAUGACAUAAGGACUUUGUUCGACAAACUCCCGGAGGUUUCAGAGAGCAACAUGCCUUUUAAGCUGUUAGAACUUUCAGAGAACCACGUGGAGAGUAAUGUGGUAGACAGUGCGACAAGCCCCCUGGUGGACAUGGGAAAGAUGGCGGUGCUCAGGAGCAAGCUCCGGGAUGGAGUAGAAGACCCAUCAAAGAGAAAUAGCUUGCAUUUAAAGCCUGUUGAGAGGGAGGAUGUGAAGGAGGGAGCUGACCCUUUGUCUCUGCUGUGGUCAGAGAGUGUGGAGUCUAUGUCUGUCCAGAGCGAGGAGAAGAUUGUCCCUGUUAUGGUCUCUAGAAACCUUGCUGAUGAGAUAGAGAUGUACAUGAACCUCAAGAGCCCCUUGGGAGUCAAGUCCACCAGCAUGGAGCUCCACAAGGGGGAGGUGAAAGAGGAGGAUGCCCAUUCAGGAACAGCAGUCCUUGAGCGCAGGUCCAGUCUGCCUGUUGAUGCUGUCCCGCAGACAGCCGCUGUCACACCCAAGCACAGCCCGGCCGUGACACAGUCCAAAACCUCUACCGGGAAGCCCAAGACCUCCAAACAGACGCCUACCCGGGCCCAGAAUCUGCGCUCCAGUUCCCUGAGUGCUCUGGUGCGCUCCUCCCAGCAUGGCUCUCUUGGCUCUGUUAUGAACAGUAUAUCUGGCAUAAAGAUGGACAACCUGCUCUCUGGACCCAAAAUGGAUGUUCUCAAGUCAAGCAUGAAACAAGCUGCUAAUGUGGCAAGCAAAGUGUGGGGAGCCGUGGCGUCGGCCUAUAGUUAUUCAGAUGAUGAGGAUGAGAAUUCCCGCAGUGAUAACAGCUUCCUUGUCAGUUUGGAAGACCAUCUUCUGGGAGGGGGAGGAGAGAGCCCAAGCUCCAGGGCAGCAGUUCCUGGCCUAGCCUCGAAUAGCCUGACUCAGAGCAGCACAAGCCUGGGCAGCAGCAGCAGCAGCGACACUGGGAGACUGCAGCACUCUGCCUAUAUGACCCCAAGAAGUGUGAAAGCACCAGAAUCUGAAAAAUCUGAGCCUAGUUCAUCUCAUCAUGCCAGUACCUCAAGCAUAUAUCAGAACUGUGCACUGGAGGUGUUAAUGUCCAGCUGCUCGCAGUGCCGAGGGUGUGAAGCCCUGGUUUAUGAUGAAGAAAUUAUGGCUGGAUGGGCUGCAGACGAUUCCAAUUUAAACACCACAUGCCCCUUCUGUAAAAUAACUUUCCUUCCUCUGCUCAACAUUGAGUUUAAAGACCUCCGAGGCACUGCCAGCUUUUUCCUGAAGCCCAGUACGUCUGGGGAUAGUAUACACAGCACUAAUGUUCCCAUGACAACGGACCUUGUGGAGCAGAAAGCCGGCCCUACAGCUCCUGCUGCAGCCGAGCUGAUUAAUUUUUCAGAUUCGCCACAAACCAGCACCUCAGCAGCUCCAGAGUUGGAUGCUGAGGAAAAGAACAGUGAAAAUACACAGGGAGGCCAGGUUGACCCACUGGGGCUGAGCGACAGACUCCCACACAAACGAGGGGCGUCUUUGACGCGAAGCAACAGCGUUGGGGGACCCCUGCAGAACAUGGACUUUCCCCAGCGGCCUUCUCAUGGCGUUUCAACAAGCAGCCUUCCCAACAGCCUGCAGGAGGCAGUGGAUCCUCUGAGCCUGGCUAGGCCCAAUCCUAUGCCAGUGUCAGUCCCUUACCUGAGUCCUCUGGUGCUGCGCAAAGAGCUAGAGUCUCUGCUGGAGAAUGAAGGAGAACAUGUUAUCUACACCCACAAGUUCAUCAACCAGCACCCCAUCAUCUUCUGGAACCUCGUCUGGUACUUCAGGAGACUUGAUCUGCCCAGCAACCUGCCUGGCCUCAUCCUAACAUCCGAGCACUGCAAUAAUGGGGUGCAGCUUCAACAGACAUCGCUGUCUCAGGACAGCAAGCAGGUAUUCGUGCAGCUGCUGUGGGACAACAUCAACUUGCACCAGGAGUCUGGAGAGCCCCUGUACCUGUGCUGGAGGAGCUUCUUGGAAAGGAAAGCUUUGCUCUCCCCAGUGGAUCACCAGGAAAGCAGGACUCUGCUGAACUCCAUUGUGCGAAACAUCCAGACCAAUGAUGUGUACGGACCCAUCAACCUGCUCCUGAGGGAGAUCAGGAAGCACCCAGACAAUAAACGCCAAAGGAGUAUUUACAGAGAAAUCCUGUUCUUGUCACUAGUGUCUCUGGGGAGAGAGAAUAUUGAUAUUGAGGCCUUUGACCGAGAGUACAAACUGGCAUACGAUGGGCUGAGCCCGGAACAGCUGAAAGCCCUGAGCAAGAUGGAUGCCCCUCCAAGCAACAGUGUCCAGUGGUGCCUGAAAUGCUUUGGGGCACCGGUGAUCUGAGGAGCAGCCGCGGGAGCUAAAGGAAGGCAACCACUCGAGGAAAGUGAGCUCGACAUCUACCACGGCCAUUCAGGACCAAACAACUUUGGCUUACUUGCCACCUUUGCAUAAAUGCAGGACUCCUGUUUCGCAAUGCUGUUGUGUAAAGGGAGAGAGUGCUUUGUUUUCUGUUUUUUUUCUCCCAUUCCUUUUCUGAAAGGCUGCAGUUUUCCCCUAGAGUUGUGUGUUAGAUCUAACUCUUGUUUAAUAUUUUAGUUGACUGCCAGGCUUAAGGAGAGUGACUGGGACUGGCUCUUCCUAGAAGGGAGUAGAUUUAACCAGGUUACCACAUAGCCAUUGUCACAGCUGGUCCCUGGGAAGAAGCUGACUUUGCAGCAUUGUUAGGUUAGUAAAGUGCAGUAGCAUCAAAUUUAAGUUUUCAGUUCAAAUUUAAAACUUCAUUUUUUACAUUUUUCAGCCAGUUCACUGUUUUUUGUUUUUUUCCCAUGAAUAAUAAAUAAUAAAAAUAAGCAUCUGAACCAGGGUUGCCUUUUAAAAAGUAGAUUUUUUUGUCUUUAUUCCCUCUGUAAUGCUUAGCUCCAUGUUAGUCUUUCUGUUAGGAUUCAGUCUUAAAAGCUCCUCCAUGGUGGUUUUGUUUUCCAAAAGAACUGUGCUGUAGAAUGCAGUCUGUACAUAGCCUGUGCAGCAUUUAACUCUAUUCUAAUAAUACAUGCAGUAAAGGAAAAAAAAGAACAGAUGUUUUAUACUGUCCAUUGUGUGUUGUGUAAUCAUCCCUCCAACUUAAAUGAUAGGAAUGUUGUGAAUGUGUUUUCAGAUUGUCAGUGUAACCAUUUUAAGUACAUUCCAGCAGCUUGAACACUGUAGUGCAUUAAGGAGAUUAGUGCCCUCCCCCCCUGCCCUCAACCAAUAAAUAGAAAGUAGCUUCAAAUGUCAUUUAUGUUUUUAUGAUGUUUGCAUAAACUUGGGUUUCAGUAUCAAUCAAUUUGCCUCUUUACAUUGAGACACAUUUUUUGUAAGAACUUAAACUGUAUUUUUAUUUUAUAUUUAUCACAGUUCUGAACAUGUAACUUUUAAUUAUGGGGGGCAAUCUAUUCUAAUGUAGAUUGCAAUAACUGGUUCUUGUCCUCUAUGAGAGGUGGGUUUUUUUUUUUUAAUGCAGUUUUUGGGUGUAAUUUAUGUAGAUACAACUCAUCUAUAUAGGAAGUAUAUGAAUCAAGAAGUGUGACAUAUAUACAAUCUUUAAGAUUAAGGCUUGAAAUUGCACUACUUGAAUUUGUACAUUAAAAUUACCCUAGGGGUUCUUUUUACUUGAUUUCAUGAUAUCCAACGAUACCAGCACAUACAUGAAAUUGUAUAUUUUAAUUUUUCCACUCUUAAAAUUGCAGUAUGUGUCUUUUAGAAUCUGUAUAGUUUCAACAGUUCCCUCAAAAAAAUAAAUAAAUAAAUAAAAAAGCUGGUUAGCAUUCUUUCAAAUAGUGUCAUGUAUGUGAAAAUGCCUAUACUGAAUUGUAAUGCAAUAAAUGAGUUUUUUCUUCUGA